AUGCGCCUCUGCCCGUUCGUUCCUCGCUCCGCUUCUCCCUCCACUCUCACCUCCUCCACCCUCGGCCCCUUCCGAUCAUCACAAGCAUGGCCUCCACCAGCAAAGCCUCGAUCGCGCAACCGCCUCCUCCCUUGUUGAAGCCCACCGACCCCGUACUUUCUUACUCGCGAAGUCCGCUCGCAUCUCAAAUUCCGACUUCGACGUCUGCCAAACGGCGAGCUUCUGGACCAGAUGAUGUGACUUGACGUUUUCAUGAGUACGGAGUUUCUGAGUUUUCUCUCCUGUUUUUCCUCCUCUCUCCUCUCUCUCUUUCUCGAUUGUGCCUAUUCUUUAACACCGGGGAAGAGGGAGGGUGGUUGGUGCUCACAUGAUUGGAAUCAUACUUUUGGUGGUUUCAGGAGUGUGGGGGCUGCAUGGAUCUAGUGGCUAUAACUUUACAUAAGUCCAACCCCCCUUUUCAAGAAACAUUGAUUUUGCGUAGAUAACCGAAUAUGUGAAAUCUAAUCAGGCUUGAUACAAAAAAAAAAGCUAUAGCUGUGCUUCCCACACGCGGGCUCACGGGCGGCACUCGCAACGCACAUUCCCUUUCGGGCCCUUCACUGCGUUGUCGACGUUUCCUCACCAGCUUCUGCGGCUGCGUUCACCACCUGAAGGGACAGGUGCGUUCCUCACUCCCAAGACUACCUCCCAGCUGACGAGGUCGCUGAUCGAGAGUUCCAUCUUGCCGGACGUUCACAGCUGCUAGCAGCUCAUUAUGAAACCCUCGACGUGGCUCGCUUAGAGUAGCUCGGGGCAAGUGCUUUGAUACACCCAAGCUUGUUGCACGGUGUACUUUGGGAUCCCUGCAAAUUCUUUGUGGGGGCAUUUUGCUCCGGGCCCUUGUUGGGCAACGAGCUAAAUCGCACAUAUCUCAGCAGACCCUUUGCCGUCCUUUGCACCAACCGCGCUCCAACUGUCUUUAUACAGUGUCUUGCCUUUGUCGCAAAGGUAUGCUGAGACGAUCAGUGGACUUGCUCCAUCAUCAGUUGCAGCCGACUGACAUCCAGAAGCUUGGGUCGCAAAGCUCCCAAUUGUCAUCCCGCCCACCAUCCCCGUGUAUCACCAAGAAGUUCGGACUCUCUUCCGUUUAGAUCAAUCUCUUGCGGUUUUCCCCAGAAGGCUGGGUUUCACCGCUUGAUUUGUUUAACAACUCCUACACCACCAAUGUUGUCCUUCGUCUUACUGCAGCUCGAACCACUAUUCCGCUACGAGUCGCGCGAGUGGUCAGGGGAGUCGAAGGGAGGAAGCACCAAUUGCACGACGAGAAUACCCUAG